UCGCAUGAAAUCACAUCGGCUGUGUUAAGUUCUUUUUCUUGAGACAUAAUGGCUCGCAGAUCACUAAUGUCCACACAGAUGUGUAUAGCUUUGAUUGGUAAGUCUGGCAAUGGAAAAAGUGCUACUGGGAAUACCAUACUGGGGAAAGAACGUUUUAAGGAAUCAAGUAGCUUAACGUCAUGCACUGAUAUAGUAGAGGUAGAUUACACUGAGUUUAGAGGUAGAAGAAUACAAGUGGUGGACACCCCAGGGCUGAUGGAUACUAGACUUAAUACGCAAGAAGGUCUCAAGAAGGUGUGCACAGAUAUGGUCAAGUUAAUGCAAGCGUGUCCACACGGUAUAAAUCUGUUGGUGGUGGUCUUGAAUGUCACAAACAGAUUCACCACAGAAGAAGCUAAGGUACUGGCUGUUCUUAAGUCUGUCUUUGGACCCGAAUUUAUCCGAGAGUAUUGCGUCGUUGUCAUGACAAGGGGUGAGAGCUUUAAUGGAGAUGAAGAUUUCAUCACGUGGUGCAGACAGCAGGAGGGCCCAGCUAAAGAAUUGUUUGAAGAGUGCCAGUACAGAAUUGUUUUGAUGAAUAACAAAGGAACUCCGCUUGAAAAAAUACAAAGUGUUUCGAAACUUAUCGCAUUUUCAAUCAAAAUGAAAAGUGAUGUUGUUCCGUAUACAAAUAAACUGUUUCAAAUGUUCGCUAUACAUAGAAAGCAAAUUGUCAUCUUGCAUGGACUUGCUGAAUUAAUUGCAGAAAUCAAUUCUAAAGUCACCUUGCUUAAAGAUGAUAUUGAGCUUUUCAGAAACGGACGGAAACAGAUUAAUAUAGUCCAAGCAGAAACUGGAGCCAUACUUGAAAGUUUCAAGGAAGCAAAAAGUAGUGCUCUCAUUUCUUUUCUGGAGGAAAAAGUCAAAACAAUACAAACAGAAACCAACAAAAUCGAUCUCCAAGUUGAACUACCGCUACAGUUUCAUACUAUUCUUUCCUCGGUAGAAACUCCAAUUUUCAACGCAUUUAUUCAACUCUACAAUUCACGCGAUGAAAACUGGACCGCAGAUGAAACCCAAGCCGAGAUUUCUGCUGGAAUAUAUUCCAUGUUGAGCUCCAUUGCAAAAGAAAGCAGGGGCACUGCUGAGUUCGAGGUGUUACAUGAGGAAAUGGAAGAGUUAGCUACACGGAUGGGUUUUAUUAGCACGCAAGAAAACAAGUUUAAAGAAACAAUGUUUCAACACUACCCAACAAAAGGCUUAGAAAUAUUGAUUCCACUUCUUGAGAUACUGAAAGUAUUUGCCUCGCGACAGAAACAACGUGAACAACUGCUGCGGCGAGCAGACGAUUUGUUAACAGCCAUACAAGAGGAGGACGCUGGAUCUGAGCAACUGAAAAAACUAGAGCGAAAAGCUAAACAAAUUAUUCAAACACUGAAGGAAAUCGACCCAAAUCAACCGAUAACCAAAGCUUUUUAUGACAACCUAAAUAAACUACUGGAACGGUUCAAUACAUCAGCCACACCGUUGGGUGGAGCCUCUGUCAGCUUUGCUCUUAGAAGUGCUGCUACUAUAGCAGGAUCCACUAUUGCCCUUACACUGCUAGCAAGUGGUGCACCCAUUUUUGCUGGUGUUGCCGCAGCUUCGACAGCUUGUGUAGUAGCUGUUGGUGGAAUAAUAAACAAAAUAAUAGAUAGAUUGAAAGAAAGGCCAACAGCUCAAAAGUUAGAAGAGGUAACCAAAAACAAAUGAAGGCGUUGCAAUUCAUUCGUUUGGAUCUUAUGAAAUUAGAUUUGUCUGGUCCGACAAUAUUUGAGUAGUGCUUAUUUCCGUCAACUGUAGACGAAAUAAACACAGCGCGUAUAUCCUCUACCGGUCUUUCGAUUAAAUAAACACCGCUUAUACCCU